CCCGAGCUCCCGGGUAGGGUGGGGGGGACCUCCACCCCCGUCAGGGCCCUGAUGGGCAGCACGGCCGGCCAAUCCCAGGGCUCAGAGGGUAGGUCUGCUGGCUGACCACUAAGUGGGGGAGCCCCAGGUUUCGGCUCUAAAGAGGCCCAAGUCGGUAACCAGCCAUGAGCUGUGAGGGUCAAACUGGCAGACUGCGCUAAACACAGCCACCCAUUGGACCAUCCGCGUACAGCCUUCCUGAGUCCCGGGCCAUAGAAGACAGGUGGCUCUACCCUUGGCUGAGGGUAGGUGUGGCACGGCGGUCUGCUGCUCUGCCCUCAUUGGCUUCCCCGCAAUCAGAUCAACAGAAGGAGCAACUGCCGUCUGAGGCUCCCGACCCAACCCAGGGCUGUUCACCAGGAGCAUGGGGCUCCCUGACGUCCAGCCCCAGCUGGUGCUGCUGUGGGCACUGUUGUGGGCACAGGGGGCAGGGUCUGCAUGUCCCUCCUGCGGAGGCCCCACGCCGGCGCCCCAGGCAGAACGAGCUCUGGUCCUGGAGCUAGCCAAGCAGCAGAUCUUGGAGGGGCUGCACCUGGCCAGUCGUCCCAGAAUAACUCACCCUCCACCCCAGGCGGCGCUGGCCAGAGCCCUCCGGAGACUGCAGCCAGGAAGUGUGGCUCCACCAAAUGGGGAGGAGGUCAUCAGCUUUGCUACCAUCACAGGUUCCUCCACCUCAGCCUGCAGCUCCGUGCUCACCUUCCACCUGUCCACAGCCCAGUCCCACCACCUGUACCACGCUCGCCUCUGGCUGCACGUGUCCCCCACCCUUCCUGGCACUCUUUACUUGAGGAUCUUCCGAUGGAGUCCAGGCAGCGGGCACCAAGGGUCGCGCACCCUCCUGGCGGAGCACCAGACCACAGCCCCGGGCUGGCACGCCCUCACUCUGCCCCCUCGCGGCUUGAGGGGUGAGGAGUCCCCUGUCCUGAAACUCCAGCUGAACUGCAGACUCCUAGAAGGCAACACCACCUCUGCCCAACAGCCUCCGCAGCUCCUGGACACGGCGGGAGACCAGCGGCCCUUCCUGGAGCUUAAGAUCCGGCCCAGUGAGCCUGGAGCCGGCCGGGCCAGGAGGAGGACCCCCACCUGUGAGCCUGAGACCCCCUUAUGUUGCCGGCGAGACCAUUAUGUGGACUUCCAGGAACUGGGAUGGCGGGACUGGAUCCUGCAGCCCGAGGGGUACCAGCUAAAUUACUGCAGUGGACAGUGCCCCCCGCACCUGGCUGGCAGCCCCGGCAUUGCUGCCUCCUUCCAUUCGGCUGUCUUCAGCCUCCUCAAGGCCAACAACCCUUGGCCCUUGGGGACUUCCUGCUGUGUCCCUACUGCCCGAAGGCCUCUGUCUCUCCUCUACCUGGACCGGGAUGGCAAUGUGGUCAAGACAGAUGUGCCCGAUAUGGUGGUGGAGGCCUGUGGCUGCAGCUAGCGAGAGGACCUGGGGAUUUGGAGUAAAGAGAUCAGUUGGGGGUUCCCAGGCAAAGGGCAUCUGUGGUGGGAGACAUUGCCUGAUCCACACCCCCACCUAAUGGGUGGGGUGGCAGGAUGACCGGGGUGACCCCUAGGGGACCCAAAUGGGCACUUGUCCGUCCAGACUCUUGCCUAUUCCAGGCUGGUUGAUGUGUGGGGAGAUGGGGAAAGUGUGUUCUCUAAAGGAGUCUCCCCAGAAAGCUUGAUUUCUGACCUAAGCCCCCUGAGAAGGUGGC